CCGCCUUUCCGGGCUGCCCGGUUGCGGCGGGGGGAACGGCUUUAUUUCGGGGGGCUGGCAGGCAGCAAUCGCAUAAUUAGGACCUCCUUGGGCCUGUUGAGUGAGGGUGGAAACCGUGGAAAAGAAAGAACCCAGGAAAUACUGGGGGAUGGGACGGGUGUCUGAGGACCGAGGACCUGGAUGAGACGCUUGCAGGGGAGUGUAGGCUAUUAGGGAAAUGGGAAGGAUUGUGAAGAUUUUUGUGGGAACGUUUCUUGCAGAACAUAAGUUAUUAGGAAACAUUAAAAACGUGGCCAAGACAGCUAACAAGGACCAUUUGGUUACAGCCUAUAACCAUCUUUUUGAAAGUAAGCGUUUCAAGGGUACUGAAAGUAUAAGUAAAGUGUCUGAGCAGGUGAAAAAUGUGAAGCUUAAUGAAGAUAAACCCAAAGAAACCAAGUCUGAAGAAACUCUGGAUGAGGGUCCACCAAAAUAUGUGAAAUCUGUUCUUAAAAAAGGAGAUAAAACCAACUUUCCCAAAAAGGGAGAUGUUGUUCACUGCUGGUAUACAGGAACACUACAGGAUGGGACUGUUUUUGAUACUAAUGUUCAAACGAGUUCAAAGAAGAAGAAAAAUGCCAAGCCUUUAAGUUUUAAGGUUGGAAUAGGCAAAGUUAUCAGAGGAUGGGAUGAAGCACUCUUGACCAUGAGUAAGGGAGAAAAGGCUCGACUAGAAAUUGAACCAGAAUGGGCUUAUGGAAAGAAAGGACAGCCUGAUGCCAAAAUUCCACCAAAUGCAAAACUCAUUUUUGAAGUGGAAUUAGUGGAUAUUGACUGAAAUAGCAAUGCUUCUGAUAUAAAGACAUUAGCAACAAUAAAACAUGGCCUUGAAGAAACUUAUGUAACUAGAGCUGGUUACUGUUGUAGUGGAAGAAUCAACUGGAAAAUUCAAGAAUGCAGAUAUUGUUUACCCAGUCCCCAAGUUUUAAUAUAUGUAAUCCAUUAUAAUUCCCUAAAGUUUGAAAUAUUUUACUACAGCUGUGUAAAAUAUUGGCUAAGGAGAACUGACUUCCUUUUACCUCAUGUUGUAAACUAAAAGGCUCAAUAAAAUAUAUUCAGUCUCUUGAUUUA